CCCAGACAUGGCCGACUGCAGCACCAUCGGCAGUAUUGCCAUUCGUAUUGUGACAGGUAGUUAAGAAGCAACGCAGCAACAUGGGCGCUUCGUUGUGGUCAAAGAAACUCAGCAAGGCUCUUAUGCUGAUCGUACUAGCAGAGAUGGUGUCACUAGAAUCCCUUCAUGCAGUUGACUACGGAUCCGUCAACAUCAGACUGAAAUGCUUCGCGGAACCCAACACUGCAAGGCGGGCGGCAUAUACAUGGAGGGAUUAUAAGGCAGCGGAUUUCAACAUGGAUGAUUUGUCCUGGAGCUGUUCCCCUGAGCCAUACGUUAGCCUGGUGUUGCACAUGGUACCAACUCAACCCGGUGGUCUUCGUUCGUUGACAAAAAAGGUGACUGUAAAGGACGAGCAUUGGCAUGUCAAGUGCUGCACUGGAGAGCCAAUUCUUCGCUUGGCAAAGAUACAGGAAGUGCUGGACUCGUCCAUAAUUUUCCGAUCGCCCGAAGAGGGAGAACGCUGCUGGAUUUUCGGCAACAGUCAAGAAGGAAACAAAUCAAAAUGUGCAGCAUUCCAGGACGGAAAGGUAUCUUAUGAGGACUGUGAGACGGCUAUGAGCUGCUGCUGCAUCGCGUCCUACAGCUGGUGGUGACCUAUCUGCCCUGAAGAUGGGCUGGAGCCGAGGCACUUCCCUCAUUAUGACUCAAGUUCAUCCAUAUGCUUAUCUUUUCAUGUCCAGUUACAAAUGUAAAUCUUCAAGUGUUCCAGUUGGAAACAGUAAAAAAAUUAAUUUAAGUCA